AUUUUUCGAGGGGAUCGUACUGGAACUGUACAGCUCCACAAGCGCCAUUCCUCUGUCCUUCCUCUUGGGUUUCUACGUGACGUUCAUAGCCCAGAGAUGGUGGCAACAGUUCACCAACGUCCCCUGGCCCGACAGGACUUUGUUCACCAUGACAACGUACCUUCACGGAUUUGACGACCGAGCUCGCAUGAUGCGGAGAGCUGUAGCCAGGUACAUGCUGUUUGGCCUCAUUUGGAUAUGCAGGGGCAUCAGUGUAUCCGUCAUGAAGAGGUUUCCAACGUUAGACCACAUUGUGGAGGCUGGUUUCAUUACCAAGGAGGAGAAAGUCAUAUUCGAGAGUACAGAAUGUAAAUACCAGAAGUUUUUCGUGCCCCUGAUGUGGGCUAAUCAAAUCCUGGUCACGGCUCGACGGGAGGGGAUCAUUGACACUGACUUCGGUCUCAGGAUGAUCUUGCAGCCAUUGGCGGAUUUCCGAGACCGAUGUUCCCUGUGUUUUAUUUACGACUGGAUCACGGUUCCAUUGGUUUACACUCAGGUGGUCACUUUUGCUGCCUACUCGUACUUUGCGGUCAGCUUGUUUGGCCAGCAGUACCUGGACCCGGCCAUGAAGUACAAGGGAUUCGAGGAGGAUUUCUACUUUCCUGGAUUCACCAUCCUCCAAUUCUUUUUCUACAUGGGCUGGCUAAAGGUGGCUGAGCAGAUGAUCAACCCCUUUGGUGAAGAUGACGAUGAUUUCGACAUUAACUGGCUGCUGGAUAGACACACGACUGUGGCCUUCACUCUGGUGGACAAAAUUUACGGUAAACAUCCUGAUUUUGUGAAAGACGGUUUCUGGAAUGAUUCUACCCCUGAUGUCCCUUACACGGAGUCCUCAGCCAGGUUUAUCAGGCCCAAUUUCCUAGGCUCAACUUUUAAUAUUGCGCCUCCAAAACACGACCAUGAUACACUGGUGAUUCCAGAAACUGAUACCACCAACCAGCACGAAUGGUCACCGCGGCAGCGAGGGAAAGGAUCGAUAACCGACUCUUUACUAUCCCUGUUACACGUCCGACCACUCCACCACCACUCGGCUGGAGGCUCCGAGACUACACUAACCUCCAGCGAUGGGGGACAAGGUCACCACACGUCCAAUGGGAGGGCGUAUUACAUGCUGGACAGGGAGAAGCUUGGCGAGGAGAGGAUGAGGAGGUCAUCCAUCGAUGUCCCGCUUAGACAACGCGCCAACACGGACAUCGACAUCGGUGGCAGGGACAUCAGGGGUAGAAAGCUAAGUCUGCCUUUCUCUAUACACCUGUUCAAGAAUAAGCAGAAGAGAUCCGAACAACUGCCGUCAGUGGGGUCACCAAAGAGCUCCAGAUUCCUGGUGGAGCCAGUCAAAGAUGACGCCGUGUCAAGUUCAGACUCCAGCAUGGCUGCCAAGUUACGACGCUCUGCACAUUCAGGUGUCCCUUUCCAGAACGUUGUUUCCAGAAUGCCCGUACUCUCUGCCAUAGAAGAAGCCUGUACGAUAACUAGCAUGAGGCAGCUUAUUGAUCCGCCAAAAGUGGCUCAGAUUGAAGAUGAUGAAGAUGAUGAUGUCAACGAUGCAAACACAGAGUACCACGAGAGUGUGGUCCUCUCCGAUGAUGAUAAAGCUUACGAGGAUUGUAUCUCUUAUGUGGAUGAAACAGAUGGCAGUCUGAAAAGGGAAAACGACGCAGCCUUCUUGGAGUUCGCUAAUAUUCCAACCAGCAGUUUUGCCACAACAUCGACUCCCUCGCUGAUGAAGAAAACUAGCGUAGAUAUGCCACAGACAAAAACAUCAGCCACUUCUGCCACAAAUGUAUGCCUUCCCACCAGUGCUGAAGCCUUAAAUUCAUCACCGUCAUCAUCAUCCUCUUCAUCUACUUCCAAAGAGACACAACCUUCAUCUCCAGCAUCAACCUCUCAAAUCGUGCCUAAGUCGGCAAGAAACGGAACUUCGACUUUGGAGGAAACCGCGUUUUCACAAGCCCUAUCUGACGACGAAUCGUAUCCAUUGCUGCAACCAUCGAAGAAAGAUAACUCUUCAAAAACUAGACAGGCUAAAACAGAUAAAGAAUUGGCUCCCUUGAUUUACAUAGAGGAAUGUUAA